AGAGGAACGACGAAACGCUUCCUGAGUUCGAGGGUCGGCGGAAGAUGGCGGCUGCUGAAAAGGGCUGGUGCUUGUGUGAGUUAUUGAGGUUUUUUUAUUCAUUAAUCUUCCCCUGGCUAUUUGUAUGUGGAACUUUGUGUGUGUGUUUACUUAUUAUUGUCCUUUGGAGACUCCGACUGUGGCUACAGAGAAAGAAAAAGUCAGCGUCAUCUAGCAAAACUGGGAAACAUCAAACAGUGAUUGCAUUUUUCCAUCCAUACUGCAAUGCUGGCGGAGGAGGAGAAAGAGUGUUAUGGUGUGCCUUAAGGGCUCUACAGAAAAAGUAUCCAGAAGCACUUUAUGUUGUUUAUACUGGCGAUGCCGAUGUCAGUGACCAACAGAUACUGGAAGGCGCGUUCAGAAGAUUUAACAUCAGGUUAACUCGCCCAGUGAAGUUUGUUUUCUUAAGGAAGCGCUACCUUGUGGAAGAUUCACUCUAUCCUCAUUUCACACUGCUGGGCCAAAGUCUGGGAUCCAUUUUUCUGGGCUGGGAAGCUCUAAUGCAGUGUGUUCCCGAUGUUUACAUUGAUUCAAUGGGCUACGCUUUCACGCUUCCUCUGUUUAAGUAUCUAGGUGGUUGCCGAGUUGGAAGCUAUGUUCAUUACCCCACCAUCAGCACUGACAUGCUCUCCGUCGUGAAGAAUCAGAAUGUGGGAUUUAACAACGCAGCCUUCAUUACCAGGAAUCCUUUUCUCAGCAAAGUAAAGCUCGUCUACUACUAUUUAUUUGCUUUUAUGUAUGGGCUUGUUGGUUCUUGCAGUGACAUCGUCAUGGUCAAUUCUUCUUGGACACUGAACCAUAUUCUCUCGCUGUGGAAGGUUGGGAACUGCACUAAUAUUGUUUAUCCACCUUGUGAUGUACAAACAUUCUUGGAUCUUCCCUUACAUAAAGAGAAGGCAACCUCAGAACACUUAGUGGUUUCGAUUGGCCAGUUCAGGCCUGAAAAGAACCAUCCUUUGCAGAUCAGAGCCUUUGCUAAAUUGUUGAAUAAGAAGGAGAGUGAAUCUCUUCCUCCACUUAAACUUGUGCUCAUUGGAGGUUGUCGUAACCAAGAUGAUGAACUCAGGGUAAACCAACUGAGAAGGCUUGCUGAGGACCUUGGAGUUCAAGAAGAUGUGGAAUUUAAAAUAAACAUUCCGUUUGAUGAGUUAAAGAAUUACUUGUCUGAAGCAACAGUUGGUCUGCAUACCAUGUGGAACGAGCAUUUUGGGAUUGGAAUUGUUGAGUGUAUGGCAGCCGGCACGAUUGUCCUCGCACACAAUUCAGGGGGCCCGAAGCUCGACAUUGUCAUUCCUCACCACGGCGAGAGGACUGGGUUCCUGGCUGAAAGUGAAGAGGGCUAUGCUGAAACUAUGGCCCAUAUUCUUUCCAUGUCUGCAGAACAGAGGCUCCAAAUCAGAAACAGUGCCCGUGCGUCCGUAAGCAGAUUCUCCGAUCAGGAGUUUGAAGUGGCAUUCCUAUCGUCUGUGGAACAAUUAUUCCAAAAAUGCCACACCUGUACAAAUUAAAGAUGUUUUGUAUAAAAUGGUUAGAUACUUUCAUAUGUUAAUACCUUUCUGAACUCAUUCCUUGUUGUGAUAAGGUUAGGCUUAUCCUGACUCUUUUGAAAAGACCCUGAUGCUGGGAAAGAUUGGGGGCAGGAGAAGGGGACGACAAAGGGGAUGAGAUGGUUGGAUGGCAUCACCAACUUGAUGGACAUGAGUUUGAGUAAACUCUGGGAGUUGGUGAUGGACAGGGAGGCUUGGCCUGCUGCAGUCCAUGGGGUCGCAAAGAGUCGGACACAACUGAGCGACUGAACUGAACCAAAUUGAUCCUCAUGCAAGGCCCUUGCUUAUCCAUAAGCAAGGCCCUCAGCAGUAUGUACAUAUAGCCAAGGUAUUUAUUUCAAUGGAAAAAGGCAAAGUUACCCAAAUGGUAACUUAUAUAGUUUAAAUGUAAAAAUUUUAGAUUAGAGUUUGGGCUCAAAUUCUGAAAGAAAAGAAACAAUUUUAAUUUUGGUAUAAUCCAUUAUUUUAAAAAUUCUAUUUGUCAGGUUACUUUAGAAACCAGGAAAGAGAAUUUCCCUUUAGAAAAAUGUUGAAAGAAAAAAUGGAUGACUAAUAAUUGAUUAGCACUUUAAAAUUGUUCUGUUAUGUUGGAAACACAAAAAAAAUUCUGGUACAUUUAAAUUCAAACAAUAUUGUGGAUAAACUUUUUGAAUACCUCUAAUGAUCCUUUGAAAGAACAAAAACUUUAAGCAGGCUUAAUCAUGUUCUAAAAGCAGAUAGUCAAAAGACAGGCUGACUGUGGUUGCUCUAUGGGUGUGCCUGGGCAUGUAAGUAACGCUUUCCAUCACUAGGUACUUGUGAAAAUAAUUUUCUCUUUAGUGCUGUCAGUGUGUUGUUACAGCCCUCUCAUUAUCCGUUUCCAUUUUCACAUCCCAGAGGCUAGAAGUCCGCUUUUUAAAGUCAUCUAAGAGGUCUGAGCCAGAACAUCGCGACAAGUUGUUUUUCAGAUGGUGAUGAUGUAAGAUGGGGAACCGUCCGCAUGGUCUCUGUAAUCAGCAUCAUGCACUGUAAGGUGACGAGGUGGCAGUUUGCACAGAGCACUGGACUAGCAGGAAGGGUAGCUGGACCUGACCUCAGCUUCAUCAUCUAUAAACAUCUGACCUUUUGAUGCAAAAGCUGCUCCCUAAUUUUUCUGAGUCCCAGCUUCUUUCACUGUAACCUGGAGAUGUAUUGGCUGUCCUCACUGCCUUUCAUAAUUGUAAUGAAAACACGAAACACAGAAGGUAUGUGAAAAAUUAUGAAGUUACUUUAAUUAAAGGUAACUGUGGUAAAUGUCUUCUGUACUCCUGUCUUUAUCAGCACAUUAUGACCCUAGGUAAAUUCUUGUUACUAAGCCAGUAACUAGGAAUCAGUAUAAUUUAACAGGACUUCCCUCCUGAAUAACUGAUAACUAGCAUGGAAAAAUGAAUAUCUGUGUGUGCAGAUAUGGUUAUUGAGAGCUACAACUUUGAGCAUUUGCUCCACACAUAAUCAGUCCCUUCUGGUUCAGUGAGUUGACCUCCUUCACAGCCUGACACAUCUUGGUCUUAGGGGCAUGUGAAAGAGGUAAACUUUUCCUUUCCAGUCGCCUCCUGUCCACUCAUGGAGCCAGCCAGCUUCAUUAUCUGCUUCGAGUUACAUCGCUGACGUGUUGUCUGCCGGCCGUCUUCUGUCAUCAGACCAAAAAGCACCGAAACAGAGUCCAGGCAUGGUGACGUACCAGAGUGGCCUUGUGCUGGAGACUGUUCAGUUUAGAAGAGAAAAGCUGGUGGGAACUGGAGCCGGAAGGAGCCCUGCAAAUUCUCUAGUCUCGUUUCUCUUUUUUUCAAAUUUACAGACAGGAGCAAGGUGAAGAACUUCAGUUCCGUCAGCAUCCCAGAGCUGGUUAACAACAAAAUCAGGAUUACCACCUGGAUGCAAAAAGCUCAGUGUGUUUUCUUCUCUUACAGCUCUUCUUUGAGAUAAGAUCCAUGACCAUUGCCCACGCAGCCUACCCAUCUACCCAGGGAAAGUCAUGGGACUAAAGAGAAAAUGGACAGAGGAAAAGUAGAGGAUGUAUUAAAGGAAGAAAGGAUCCUGAAAUUUCACAAAAUAUUAUUUAAACUCAUUUCUUCAAAAUGAUCUUCAUUUAUCACAAACAUAUCACUGAAACUGUAAUGCACAUAUGUUAGUAGGUUCUCUUUCAGUGUUCCUAAAGCAGUACUAAAUGUUUGUUUCUGAAUACCUGACAUGAAGAAUGACAAAGCAAUAUAUCAGCUACUGUCUGUGUGGAGAAACUGAGCGACUUUUAAUUCCUAUAAGAUGUUGCUUUCCAGUGGUCCAAACAUGCUGUUUUGAACCCACAGCACUGGUUAUUCACAUUUCAUUUCUAGUUGUGCAUAAUAAACUAUAUUAACAUA